AAAGCAAAAUAAUCAUCUGGCAACACUGGUUUCUACACCUUGACGAAUUUGCUUGGUCCGUUGUGCGGUUAAUUAUCGGUUGUUUUUCAAACAAAUACGCGAAUGCUUAACCGUGACCACACCCCGCGCUCCAUGAAAAUCGAAUACAAUUUAAUUCCCGAGCGUGACGCAUGUAAACUUUAGAUGGCCAAUGCCAUUGUGCAGGUGUACAUAAGUGCUGUGUGUGCCAAAUUGAGAUUCUUCUGAUAAUAUGUUUAGCGUUUAACCUUCGAAAACAUUGCUCAGUGAGCCACACGAAGCUGGAUUCCUAAGAGCUCUGAAAAAUAAGUGUAGAAGCAGCAAGAACAUUUUCACGAAUAAAUGACUACCACAGGUCAAAGGGAUAUGAAUUCAAACGACGGAGCAUUGGAAUCCACCGAAGAAGUGUCUCCUUUUAUUGGUGGCAACAACUCUUGCUUAACGCCAGUAACCAACAGCGAGAAUGGAGUCCAGAAGAAUGCCAUUACCGGUAUGGGUCUCAACAGCACACAAAGAGCUAUGGAUGCCACCAAGCGCAAAAAACUAAAGUCGCGCAACGCAGCAGCUUCUACUUCAGCCCCUAAAACCGAAACGACGGCGGCCUCUCCUAGUCUUCCUAGCUCAUCUAAAGCCAACAGAACUGAUCUUAACUAUUCCAAGGAUCAUCUUGAUGCUUGGCUGGAAAACUGCUUACGGGAUGCCACCAACGCCCAAUUGUCGUCGUCAUCUGAGUUUUUGGACUUCAUACCGCCCACAGCAGCAGCUCACAAGCAAAUGUUUGUAGGUCAACAGCAGCUGCAAAAUCAGCAGCAGAUUAAACAGCAACUACAGUACCAGAAGCAGCAGGAAUUUCCGAAACGUUCACAGCCAUAUGGUAGUGGCCCUGGCACGCCCUUCAGCUUGGGGAUACAGCGCCAUUCGCAUUCUCUUAGUCAUCGAUACCCGAUGUUAUUCCCACCCCAGAGUCUUAAUGGCUACGGUGGCGAUGGUGGCCAGGAGUUUGCUAGCUUGCCUCCACUGGUCAACAUAAUGGGAGGGGCAGGAGGCGCUGGCUCAGAGCACGAACCGAAUUCUACAGAUGUGCUGGAUGGAAGCGGAAGCAAUCCAAACUUCAGCAGAGGUUUUCGAUUCAGCGAUCCGUGCCUUUUGAACCCCUCCGAUAAUGACUCAAAGUUGAGUGGUCAUAAUACCCCAGAGUGUCGGAAUGGCAACAACAAUGGCAGUGGCUGCGAAUUGGCACAGCAAAACAAAUUUUUCGCGACCCUAAUGGAACAAAUAAACAUAUUGCACGACACCAAUUCCAAGAUCUGCCGUAAUUUGCACGAAACGAAAGUUGAUAUCGAAGCUUUAAAGCACGCUCCUAGUGGCCACCUUUGGGCGGGGGUCGGCUCGGGGGGCAUGCGGCACCGUAGAGAUAGCUUAAGCGGAUUAAGCACCCAAAGUCAACCUCUAGUAUUUGGAGGUGGAAUGGGAGGGACCCACAGCCCGGCGCCCACCUUUCAUUCAGGCGCCUACACUCCAGGAAUGAUGACUGAUGUUGUGCGAGAAGUGAAAGAGGCCGCACGCGUUCGCGAAGAUGCACUCCUCAGUCGAGUCAAAUCAAUGGUUGAGGAGCGCCAGUGGUCCUUAAACGAGGGCAAUGCCCGUAUUCUGCGAGAUAUUGAUGAUCUGAAGUCGCAUGUAAUUCAGUUGCGAAUGGAGAAAAAGGAGACUAAUCAACGACUUUCGCAUCUGGAGGCCGAAAACCAAUGCCUGCGUCAAGCCCUAGCCUGUUGCUAUAACCAGCGGCAAAGCCAUCAUGAUAUUAUCUACGAAAAUGACAGGGCUCGUGGUUCCCGAAAGCCAUUCCCAAGUGGGGGUGGCUCCGGAGCUCCCGGAGUCAGACGGGCGCAAUCUUUUAACCUGCACUACGGAACGAUGCAUCAGACGCCGUCCCAAACAACGCACUCACUGGAAGAGGAUGACGAAAUAGGAGAGGAACAGUUGCUGGAGCCGGACGAGGAGGAGGGCGAUGAUCAAUCGCUCACUGGCACCAAAAGGCAGUCUUUUUCGAGCAACGGAAAGAUGACUCCCUCAACCUCAACCGUUCACUCGCUGACACCUAAAAUACCACAACAUAAAGUUAGGAGUCCACCCACAUUUGCGCUGAUUUCGGAUCAAGACAACCCGGGAAUUCCACCGCCACUGCUGCCGCGCAAGAAGGAGCAUACUCAGCUUAAACGGGAGCUCAGUGAAGCGGCCGCCGCACGUAAGGAGGCAAAUCAACGUAUAAUUGUCCUUGAAAAAUUGGUUAAAGACCUAAACGCCCAGGUGGCAGGCCAGCCAAGGUGGAACUCGACCCUAUCUGGCGCAGUAUCUGAUGCAGCUCUAGCAACGAAAUUCAGUUUGGCAGACGGUCCGGUUACAGACUUAUAGAGCUAGCUAUUAGCCUCCGGCCCGAAACCCAAAUGCCAGCUACAACCAGUGCGUGUCACUCACUUAUAGCAGCCGGAUCGACGGAAAUAUCGACGACACUGCACCUUUCGCUUCAAAAUUAUUUAUAACUCAAUAACCUGUACAUAAACCCUUAUUUAUUAGCUAAUCUGCGUUAAUUACAACUCAUUUAAUUACACUGUAUUACAUCAAAAAUGUAACUCGAUGAAUGCUUUCAAAUCGUAUUUGCUUUGAUUCGCCGUUUAAAAAAAGCUCCCCUACGCAAAAUUCUGUUUUUGACCAACUUUAAAAUUAUUUAACAAUCGACAAGAUUUCUGUUACAUAUUUGAUGUCAAAACAUUUUGAAAGUCCAACCCAAGCAUUAAUAGCAUAACAAGAGAGAACUACGCAGGUACGCAAACAAAUAGCCCCAGACUAAUCGCUGCAAAACCUAGAAAGGAUUUUAGCUGUAGAUUACUACCUCAUACUUGGAAACUUUCCAUCACUUCA